AUGGUGUUACUGGGUCAUGCUUUCCUUAGACUCACAGAUAGCAAGCUCUCUAGCAUCUUAAAGAUUUCAAGUGGAUGUCAAAUAGAUGAUCACGCGCCUUAUGAUCGUAGGAGGGAUCAAUCUUGGCGUGAAAAGCAGAAGGACAAGAAGGAUGAUAGUGUGGCUCGUGGAAAGGUUGAUCAUAGAUCAUCCGGUGCAAUUGUUCCCUAUGAACAAUCACGCUAUACAUCUGAAAAGGUACCCGAGAGAUCAACUCCUCCUAAACAUGAUGAUUCUUAUGAUCAAAAGGGAGAGGGAUCAGAGACAAUUCGCCACGAGGGAAGGAAAAAAGUUGCCAGUACAAUUAUUUCUCCAGCGCUUAGGAUUCAAUCAAUGGAAGAGAAUGUGACUAUCCGAAGCAAGAGUAUCACACGUUCUCUUACUUUUUCACCUAGACCGGCGAAAAAUGAUGCACAAGAUGCGCAAGUCAUCGAAGCUUUGAGUGGGAUGGAUCAUCAAGCUGCUGAGAAUGAGGUUCAGUUAAUGGAUGAAGAUGAUCUUCUAAGUGAGGAACUCUGA